GCAAUAGCGAGAUGAGGAGGACCCGUACGAAUUAAAAGGGAAGUCAUCGUUGAUCCUACGCAAAAAGACACGGUGAACCGAAAACAUGUGGGCAAGUCUACAUACGUUAGGCGUUUUGAUAGCGCUGAUCUCGCCGACGUUAGCUGAUAUUGCAAAAGGUCUGCCCUCGAUACAUCUGCCCUUGCCACAUCUACCGAGUGGUUUCAUGUGCAUUGAAGUAGGAUAUCAUGCCGAUCCUAGCGACUGUAGAAGAUUCUACCGAUGUGUCGAUUGGGGAUUCGGAAAACCGCUGCAGAUCUUUCAAUUCGAGUGCGGUGUUGGAACAGUAUUCUCGAUGCGCAGGGGUAACAUCUGUACUCUCCCCAACGACAGCGAUCGCCCAGAGUGUGGUGGAAAUAUCAUAAACAACAAUAAUUCGACUACGACAUCUCCGACUACAACAGGAACAUGGGCGACCAAUGGAACUGUUACAAACGAUAUACUGCGAACAACUUCGAAGACUACUACCACAAGUUUAUCAACAAGUAGUAACCAAUUUUCUGCAACAAGCGGAAAACCAGAGAAUGAUCAAGGUCGAGGACGAUGCGUUCAAGAAGGAUAUUUUGCUGAUUUGAAUAACUGUAGAAAAUUUUAUAGAUGCGUUGAAGAAGGUUCUGGAAACUUAGUAAAGUAUGAAUUUGAAUGUGGAGUUGGUACGGUCUGGGAUCCAGAUAUACAUGGAUGUAAUCAUCCUUGGGCUGUAUCACGAGAAGAUUGCAAGGAAGGAUCAGGGACAGCCGCUACUGGUAGUGGCGAUAAUGAUGGACAAUGGACAAGCGGAACAGGCAGCCCUGGACAACCUGGAGACGCUACUAGUCAAACAGGAAAACCAGAUCAGCCGGGAGAAACUACUGGACAACCUGUUUCUCCCGGUACUGCGGGCACACCCGGUACUCCAGGCACACCUGGUACACCUGACACACCUGGUACACCCGGCAUACCUGGAAACUCAGGCACUCCAAGCAUUCCAGGUAGUCCUGGUGCCCCAGACACCCCCGACUCAACCGGCACACCUGGUACUCCUGCCACACCUGGAAUUCCAGGAAGUCCUGGUGCCCCAGGCACUCCCGGCUCACCCGGCACACCCAGCACAUCUGGCACAGCGAGCACAUCUGGCACACCCGGUACACCAGGCACACCUGGUACACCUGGCACAUCUGGCACAUCUGGUACACCUGGCACACCUGGUACACCCGGCAUACCUGGAAACUCAGGCACUCCAAGCAUUCCAGGUAGUCCUGGUGCCCCAGACACUCCCGGCGCAACCGGCACACCUGGUACUCCUGGCACACCUGGUACUCCUGGCACACCUGGUACACCCGGCAUACCUGGAAACUCAGGCACUCCAAGCAUUCCAGGUAGUCCUGGUGCCCCAGACACUCCCGGCGCAACCGGCACACCUGGUACUCCUGGCACACCUGGUACUCCUGGCACACCUGGAAGUCCUGGUGCCCCAGGCACUCCCGGUUCACCCGGCACACCCGGCACAUCUGGCACAGCGAGCACAUCUGGCACACCCGGUAAACCUGGCACACCCGGCACAGCUGGCACACCUGGCACACCCGGCACAGCUGGCACACCUGGCACACCCGGUAUAUCAGGAAACCCAGGCACUUCUAGCGUUCCAACAAGUCCUGGGGCCCCACACACUCCUGGCUCACCCGGCACUCCCGGUACUCCUGCCACACCUGGCAUUCCGGGAAGUCCUGGUGCCCCAGGUACUCCUGGCUCACCCGGAACACCUGGUACUCUUGGCACACCUGGUACACCCGGCAUACCUGGAAACUCAGGCACUCCAAGCAUUCCAGGUAGUCCUGGUGCCCCAGACACUCCUGGCGCAACCGGCACACCUGGUACUCCUGCCACACCUGGCAUUUCAGGAAGUCCCGGUGCACCAGGCACUCCUGACUCGCCCGGCACACCCGGCACAUCUGGCACAGCGAGCACAUCUGGCACACCCGGUACACCAGGCACACCUGGUACACCUGGCACAUCUGGCACAUCUGGUACACCUGGCACACCUGGUACACCCGGCAUACCUGGAAACUCAGGCACUCCAAGCAUUCCAGGUAGUCCUGGAAGUCCCGGUGCACCAGGCACUCCUGACUCGCCCGGCACACCCGGCACAUCUGGCACAGCGAGCACAUCUGGCACACCCGGUACACCAGGCACAUCUGGUACACCUGGCACAUCUGGUACACCUGGCACACCUGGUACACCUGGCACACCUGGUACACCUGGCACACCUGGUACACCCGGCACACCUGGUACACCCGGCAUACCUGGAAACUCAGGCACUCCAAGCAUUCCAGGUAGUCCUGGUGCCCCAGACACUCCCGACUCAACCGGCACACCUGGUACUCCUGCCACACCUGGCAUUCCAGGAAGUCCUGGUGCCCCAGGCACUCCCGGCACACCUGGUACACCUGGCACAUCUGGCACAUCUGGUACACCUGGCACACCUGGUACACCCGGCAUACCUGGAAACUCAGGCACUCCAAGCAUUCCAGGUAGUCCUGGAAGUCCCGGCACACCUGGUACACCUGGCACAUCUGGCACAUCUGGUACACCUGGCACACCUGGUACACCCGGCAUACCUGGAAACUCAGGCACUCCAAGCAUUCCAGGAAGUCCCGGUGCACCAGGCACUCCUGGCUCACCCGGCACAUCUGGUACUUCUGGCACAUCUGGCAUUCCAGGUAGUCCUGGUGCCCCAGACACUCCCGACUCAACCGGCACACCUGGUACUCCUGCCACACCUGGCAUUCCAGGAAGUCCUAGUGCCCCAGGCACUCCUGGCUUACCCGGCACACCUGAUACUCCUGGUAUAUCUGGAACAUCGGGCAUCACAGGUACUGCGGCCACUAACGGUACCCCCGGUACACCAGCAUGGCUUGUCUCAUCCAGCACAUCUGCAUGGUUUGACUCAUCCGGACAACCUAGCACCUCAGGAUCACCCAUAUACCUCGGAAGUCCUACCACUCCCGAAAUUACUAGUACGACACCCACACCUAUCAUAACAGAAGCACCCAACACUCUCAGCACUCCAAGCACGCCAAGUAAUUACGAAACUCCUCAAACACCAGCAACACCAAGUAGUGGAAAUGGAACAACCGCUAUAACUGACACUCCUAGUGAAUCUGACACUUCAGACACUCCUGGCUCUUCUAGUGAACCCGACACUGCAGACACUCCUGGCUCUUCUAGUGAACCCGACACAGCACAAACUCCUGGCUCUUCUAGUGAACCCGACACUGCAGACACUCCUGGCUCUUCUAGUGAACCCGACACUGCAGACACUCCUGGCUCUUCUAGUGAACCCGACACUGCAGACACUCCUGGCUCUUCUAGUGAACCCGACACUGCAGACACUCCACGCACUAAUAAUGACCCAGAUAAUUCAGGCUCCUCCGGGACACCUAAUGAAUCCGAGACUGCAAGUACUUCUAGUGAACACGAUUUUCCAGACACAUCUGGUGAAUCUGUAACUGACUCCGGUACUGCAAACACAUCCAGUUCUCCCGAAACAUCUGUUACACAAGCGACAUCCGACGGCGAACCUCCUUGUACGCCUGAUACAACCAGUAAACCUCCAACUCCCAGGACACCAAGUAAUCCCGAAAGUCCUGAAACACCAGCGACACCCAAUAGUGAAAUUGGAUUCCCUCCUACACCCAGUAUACUCAGUAAACCCCCAACUCCCAGGACGCCACGUCAUCUCAAAACUACUAGAAAACUGACGACACGUAGUAGUAAAACUAUACCUCCUCCUACAGCCACAAUGGCCAGUAAAGCACCAACUCCCAGGACACCAAGUCAUCUCAAAUCUCCCGAAACACUAGCGACACCGUGGAGAGAAAGUACACCUCAUGCCACACCCACAAUGGCCAUUAAACCUCCAACUCCCAGGACGCCAAUUCAUCUCAAAGAUACUGGAAAACCGACGACACGCAGUAGUAGAACUAUACUUUUUCCUACACCUACUAUGGCCAGUAAACUUCCAACGCCCAGGACGCCAAGUCAUUUCAAAACUCCUGAAACACCAGCGACACGCAGUAAUGAAACUACAUCUCCUCCCACACCUGAUAUGGCCACUAAACCUCCGACUCCCAGAACUCCAGGUCAUCUCGAAACUACUGGUAAACCUCCAACGCCCAGGGCGCCAAGUCAUUUCAAAACUCCUGAAACACCAGCGACACACAGUAAUGAAACUGCACCUCCUUCCACAUCGGGUAUAGUCAGUAAACCUCCAACUCCCAGGACGCCAAGUCAUCUCACGGCUACUGAAAAGCGGGCGACACGCAAUAGUAAAACUAUACCUCCUCCUACACACGCUACGGCCAGUAAUCCUCCAACUCCCAGGACACCAAAUCAUCUCAAAUCUCCCGAAACACCAACGACACCGA